AUGAGACAAGCGUCAACAAAGUAGCCUACAAUCAAAAAUCCUGAAAUUAGAGCGAAGAUUCCAGAGCGCUCUGCCCUAAAAUCUUUGAAAUAGAGCAGUGUCUCUGCCACAAUGUCGUCUAGCUUUUCUGCUAAUCAGUACGACGGUGCCUACAAGUCGCAGAAAUUGCAGAACUGGACUGUUCCAAAACACUUCAAAGAGAGACCCUCUGCAGCUGAUGGACACACCACCUUUAUAACCAACGACCAUGGCCACCUUCUUCCAGGAAUGAAAGCUAAGAAUGGAAGUGCCUGGACUUCCUUUGUGGGCACAUGGGAUUUGCCCAACCGUAUCCCUCCGACCUACAUUAACCCCACUGCACGUUCACACGAGGGGCAGGAGCGUCUGAAGAACUGGAAUAACCGUAAGGGCACCAAAACGGCCACCAGCCCACGGAUGGAAGUAGAGGCCCAAAACACUGGCCGGGCCUCCAAAGCCCAGGAGGAGCUCAUGGCUGACCAACCAGUGAGCCACGAACAAUUGUCAGAACCAGCUCCAGAACACUGCGCCUCCCCCACUGCUUGUGGCCCGCCGGACUGUUCGAGGACUCCAGAACCCACCUCCAGGCCCACCUCCCAGCAAAGCCCAGUGCCUUCCCAGAAGAGUGCUGGCAAUAGCAGACCAGCUUCUCAGAACAGCCAUUGCGAUGGUCAGCCAAAUCCAUCCAAUGAGUGACCAGCAACUCAACAGGGUUCAGACUCACCUGAAGAGCUCAGGAACACAGACUGAGCAGUGACAUCACAGGCACACCCAGGAUUCUCUAUUUUCUUUCUUCUUUUUAUCAUCAAUAUCUGCCUAUCUUGUAUAAUUCUACCAGAUCUAUUCAGCCUCUUUUGAAACAUAACUCAUAGUAAAGAAAGUGAUACAUGUU